UCGCAAAACCUCUGGCAAAUCCUGACUUGUCGAUAUAGAAGAACGUCAAACUUGCAAUAUUUUUAGUUACAAAAAACAACAGAUGACGUUACUUGCCGUCACUGCACACGACAAAUCAACUCUGAAAAUGACAGAUGACAGAUUCUAAUGAUAAAAAAUACAAGUGUAACUUACCAGUGUUGCUACAGGGUAAAUUACAAAGGAUUUCUAAUUAUCUAUUCAGAUUGCGAACGGAAACAAUUACUGUUACAAAUGACAGAGAUCAGGGAGUUCAAUAAAACUGAAAAUGACAGAUGAGCGGAAUUUUCGGUCAUCCUAUUAUGAGAAGGUUGGCUUUCGCAGCGUUGAGGAGAAAAAGUCGUUGGAGAUUUUGCUGAAGGAACGACCACUGGAUAAGGCAAAACUAAAACAGUUUUGCCUGAGGUUUACGGUUCCAGCAAUAUACCGGAAUUUACUAUGGAAAAUCAUUCUGGGAGUAAUACCUGUUUACACCGAAAGUCACAAGUUUGUAACAGCUCAGAGAAAAGCUGAAUUCGAAGAUCUACGGCGAGCUCUGUACGCCAUAAAGACUGUCGAUGAAACCAGUAAACCCCAUCAACUUUUUCUCACAAUGUGGAUUUUACGCUCUGGGCGCAUUAGCCUAGACAUGAAUGCCUUGCUAGAGACUCCAUUGCUUAGGGCUAUGACUCAACUAGCAGAAAGUGUCACACAAAUUAUCGAUGCGAAUCUAGAGCCUGUAGACACUUUCUGGGUUCUGGGAAGUUUUUUAGACGUCGUCCAAAAGAUUCACGGGGAUGUGAGCAGAUUACAGGAAUGCACUUGUUCAUUAUUGGAAAGAGAAGAUCCAGAGCUCCACAAACAUCUCCUGAAGAUCGGCGCCUUGCAGUUUUUACCAUUUGAAACGUGGUUCUGCUCAUGUUUUGCAGGAACUAUCAGCGACAGCUCAAUACCAAAAAUCUGGGAUAAAAUAGUAGCAGGAUCUUAUAAAAUCUUACCGUUUGUGGCAGUCGUAACUCUGACCACUUUGAGACGUCCUUUGUUGCGUUGCGAAGGAAUAGACUACAUUCUCGACUGUAUCAACAAUAUAUCCGAAGAGACCGCAGAGAUGAUCGUAAAUAAAGCAAUAGAAUUGUGGCAGCAAAGUGGAUCUGCUCUGGCAUCAAUAUCCCAAAUCGGAGUAAAUUCAGUACAGAAUACGUGAUAGCCACAUUUAUCGGUGGCAUUUCCUGAAACAUUUCAUUUUCAGUUUCUAAUAAGCGAUGUACUAUACAUAUAUGGAAAAUUUUUGUAGAUUAAAAAAAUAUUAUAAAAAUUGUUAAGAUAAAUCGGUUAGGAAUAAAUCACAGGUUCUCUAUUCAAUCCAUCUUACCAUCUUAUCCCAUCCAAAUCUCACAACAGUUCGAACCAAAAGCAUCACGAUGAUCAUCUUUUACUUCAUCUUAAAAAUAAUUGAUUUUUAUUGACGCAUCCAUUAUCGUACAUUUUACAUAUACUUAACUUCAUUACAAGCUAAUACUCUAUAUAACCUAUACCUAUAACUUAUAUUAAUUUCAAAUUAAUCAUUCGUUUUUCUUUUCUUUUUUUUUUCAACCAUAUUAUCAUAGCUAUGGUGCAGUAGUGUAUUUAUGUACGUUUAAUGUACCGUUUACUUGAACAUAAAUUAAUAGGAUUCUAUGGAAAAAUGUAAACCAAAAACUGAUAACAAAUACACUGUACAUUUUGCAAAUUUGUUAAGAAUACUGCCGAUAAAAAAAAAAAAAAAUUAAGUUCUUUUGUGCACUUGCACUGCAAAGCUUUUAUUUUAUUUUAUUUUUUUUGUCGAUUUUUUAUAUUAUUUUUUUUAAUAAAGUAUUAGAUCUUUGCUCGUCUAAUUGUUUUACUGAUCUCAAACAUACUGAAAAUAUCAUACGUAACAAGAACUACAACAAUUAUUUGUACAAAGCGUGAAACUCGAUGCAAAAUAUCGUUGUAUAAUAUUAUGAAUUGUAAAUGAAAAUCUUUCAUUCUAAUAAAAUAGGUGGGUCAAUUAUAUCAGAUCAUUCAAGCCAAGAAUCGUGAUAGUUGGGCUUCAAAAAUUGUAGUGACUUUUUCUUUUCUAAAUUACAAUACGUGGGAGAUUGUUAUUAAUUUUUUUUAUCCUUUGAAUUAUGCAACAGUUUUAUUUAUUUCUUUUUUUUUUCUUUUCUCUUUAAAUCAACUUUUCAUACAACUUUAGAUAACUAAUGGCAAUGCUUGUCGACUUACAUACGGAUAUGGAUUAUUUUUUUUUUUUUUCAUAGUUGUAACAGUAUUCUU